UGGGUCAGGCAGAGAGGCCAAAGGGCUCCCAACAUUCAAGCCCCACCCAAGGCCACAAACCUGGCCCAGAAGAACGAGAAAGCCUCUCCAGCUCUGGGCCCGAAGGACGACCCUGCCCCUCACCCCAAGACGGUUCAGGGUGGACAAGGGGACAGGUAGUUGUGUCCGGAGCCUGCAGGCUGAAAUCAACAUCGAAACUGACUCCCACUGGCCCCCACAGGUUUUAGGAGGCCUCCAUUUGGGUUGCAGCGGCUCCCGCAGAGGACGAUGGGGCCCAGGUCAUGCACCACACUGACUCUGAUCAUGGUUAUCCUGCUGCUGGAGCCGCCCACCACGAUGACUGUGGUGCAGAUUUUCUACAAUAGCAACUCCAGCUUGGUAGAAUUUAGAGACAUGCCGGCUUUGUCCGGCCCCAAACUGGCCAACCUGGGGCUGCAGGGUCAACUGGUUGAGGCCAAGCCGGCUAACGCAUGCCAACCCAUCGAAGGCCCAAAGAUAAAGGCUAACGUCUCCCAGGCUGCCAUAGUCUUGAUCAGGAGGUUCGACUGUAGUUUCAACGUGAAGAUCCUACACGCCCAGCUGGCCGGCUAUCAGGCAGCCAUCAUAUACAACGUGAACUCGGACGAGCUGGUGGAGAUGGGACACGUGUUCGAGGACCUUGAGCAGCAGAUCCAGAUCCCGGCCGUCUUUGUCAGCGAGACAGCAGCCCAGAGCCUGCGGAUCAUCGUACACUGCGACCGAGGGGCACAGGUCUUUCUGCGCCCAAACAGCCCCAAGCAGUGCCUGAAGCUGGCGUGUGCCUUCGUCUCCCGUUAUUGGUUCUUGGUCAGUGCCCUGACCCUGGCCAUCGCAGUGCUGAUACUGGCAUUGACUGGCUGGCGUUUGCCGGAGCGGAGGAAAGGCACAGUGUCCAGCUGGAGACUGAGAGACCUCAGGGCCCGGAAGAUCAAAUUGUGCACUUACAUCAAACAGGAUGACCUGUGUGCCAUCUGCUUAAAUGACUAUGAGCAUGGAGACCAGCUCAAGGUCCUGCCAUGCUCCCACGCUUUCCACAGCAACUGCAUCGAUCUGUGGUUCACCCAGGCCAUCAACAAGGUAUGCCCAGUGUGCAAGCAGCUCGUGCCCGAAGACGACGACAACUCCUACUCCAACCUGGAGAAUGGAGAACUGGGAGGAGAUGACAGGGAGGACAACAGUGAGGGGUUGCUCUCGGUGCUCAGGCCCCUGCCAAACCGCCUGCGGCACUGGAAUCGGCGGGGGAACUAGUUCCCAUGCCCCGGGGGAGGGCCUCCACAGCGGCUCCGUGGGCGAACCCCCCGCCUUUGGAGGUGCCAUGCCCCCCAGCCCCCCGUGUUCUCCCACCAUGGCAUUCUACACCCCAUCCGUUUGAAAGGCCACCAGAGCUCUGCCCUACCCCCCUCACCCUACCCCUCAUUCUGCCCGAGCAGGGGGAGCUGCUAUCAGGGGCGAAAUGCCUGGCUUGAUUCUGAUUGGAUAUCAUUAGUGUAGGCCUCCGGAUGGAAGAAAUAAAAUCCA